UCCACUGCGAGCGAGCCUGCAAGCUGCACCGUACCCUAGCUACUCUCUUCUUCCUCACCUCCAUCUCUUUCACUGUUGCCGCCUUUGCCUAAUAUUCUCACCGCCGCCAUAGAUUGCAAAUCGAGCUCCGAUCCAUCUGUUUCUAACUCCAGCUAGCUAGCUCACUCUUCUCGGCGGCUCUUGCUUUGUUUUCCCCAUAUACAUACAAGAGGUAGAUCAAUUAAUCCGGUCAGUUCAUUUAUUAGUUGGAUUGGAUCGGCAGCGCGCAACCCCGUUCGUCUCCGUUCCCGUUUGCACGGCAGUCGUCCUAGCUUCAUUCGCUGGCCUCCCUUUGAUCUUCCUCGGUCCCUCCCUCUUUCUCCUCCGAUCCCAUAGCUUCUCUCUCUGUGUGUGCUAAAAACAGCUAGCUAGGUUAGGGGAGAGGCAGCAGAGACAGGGACAAUCUAGAGAUUAACAGACAAGAUCGAUCGGUCGAGCUUGCGCGCAUGCACUGAAUUGAUUCUCAAGCGCGCAGAGAUCCAUGAACUCUCAUGCAUGCAUGCAUGUCAUAGCAAGAGGUGUAUCAUCAAUCUCUAUCUGUUGUAACAUUCUUCUUGGGAUCUGAACCAGAUAAUGACCUAGCUAGCUAGCUGGGGAGAGAAUACCCACACAUAGAUCAGCAAGAGACAGGGAGACCAAAGAUAAAAAUAGAGGUCCAUUCCUGUCUCCACCUGCACCUCUACGUACUAUUGCUGCAGCUACUACUAGUAGAGAUCUCUGCAAGGUUUUCGUCACAUAUAUCUCUCUGAUUUGGGAAAGCAGGUUGAUCUAGCUAGCUAGAUGGGCAUGAGCAGCACACAAGCAGCAGCGCAGACACAGCAGCAGCAGCAGCAGCUGGUUCCUCCAGGCUUUCGGUUCCAUCCCACAGACGAAGAGCUGGUGGACUACUACCUCAGGAAGAAGGUGGCCUCAAGAAGGAUCGACCUCAAUGUCAUCAAAGAUGUCGAUCUUUACAAGAUAGAGCCAUGGGAUCUCCAAGACAAGUGCAGACUGGGAGGCCCUGGUGAGGAGGAGCAGAACGAGUGGUACUUCUUCAGCCACAAGGACAAGAAGUACCCGACGGGCACCCGGACCAACCGCGCCACUGCCGCCGGGUUCUGGAAGGCAACCGGCAGAGACAAGCCCAUCUACGCCAACAAGCAGCGGCAGCUGGUGGGCAUGAGGAAGACGCUGGUGUACUACAAGGGCAGAGCUCCCAAUGGCCACAAGUCCGACUGGAUCAUGCACGAGUACCGCCUUGAAACCAAUGAGAAUGGCCCUCCACAGGAGGAAGGAUGGGUAGUAUGCAGGGUGUUCAAAAAGCGACUACCAACAACAAGAAGAGAAUCUGACCAUGAUGCACCAUGCUGGUAUGUCGAUGAAGAUGGAACCUUCAUGCAUGACCUUAACUCCCCCAUGGGUGGACUGCCACCACACCACAGCAUCGCACAGCUGCACGAACAACACCUCCAGAUGCUCAACAACAGCUACAAGAGGCGGGAACUCAAGCUGCAAUUCCAGAUGCCAAGCCAUCAUAUCCUCAAUGCCGCCGCCGCCAUUCCUCACGAGCUAGAGCCCCCAUCCUUCCAUUCUCUUUUGGUCUCACCAGACCAUCAUCAAGCUGCUAAAGCGCACCACCGUGCUGUUCAGCUCAUGGACGAGCAUGCAGCCGACCAGGUCACUGAUUGGAGAGUUCUGGACAAGUUUGUUGCAUCUCAGCUUAGUCACGACGAUGCGGCCAAGGGUGUCGAUUAUACUGAUGAAGGAGAUAUCCUUCAGAUCAAUGAGAAGCAAGCUACCGAGUAUGCAUCAACCUCAACAUCCAGCAGCCAAGUUGAUCCAUGGAAGUGACGGUGAUCAUGAAAUUAAUCAAAAAUACUGCCUCCUCGUAUAAAAUAUUAUAUUAAGAGCUACAAUAACGAUGAUCGGAUCAAUUGGGACAUAUAAGUAAUUUGAUCUCUACAUAGUACGUGGCGUGUAAAUGAGACUACAUACAUAUUGAGUUGUGUAUUGGUGUACUACUUAUUAUUAUAUCCCUUCAGGAUGUUGUACUAAUAAUAUACUUAGCAUAUGCAUGCACACCGCGUUUCUAUAUGAAUAAUAAAGUCAUGGACAACUUGGAAACUUCA